AAGGUAAGGUACGGCGAGUGACUGAACAAUGAACAAACAGUGUCCAGAGUCGGGAAAUAUGCUUGUCCAGCAACUUCUACGUUACGACAGCAACCAACAAAAUUCCUAUUUGCACGCAAUUUGUUAUUCAUUUCAUCAUUUCAUUUCAGAAGCCCUUUAUCGAUCUCCCCUUCAACCUCGAUCAUGGCGGAGGUUUCCUACCUCCAUCUUCAUGAAAAUGAUGAUGAAGAUGGUGAAUACAACGACAGGGACGAGGUCGUGGUAUCUUUUUCUUCCCACAAUAACUGGUCUCACGGUGUCGAUGCUUUCGACGUUUACCCUUCGGAUCUAGAUUGUCCUUCCUUCGAUGAUUUCUUUUGCCACACCGAUGGAAACAACGAUUCGGUGCUGUUCGACAGAGAAUACCAGGUGAAUUUCGUAAUCGACAUGUUUCAUCAGCGAGUUGAACAGUCGCAAUCGCAUUUGGCUAUAGGGAACGGCUUCUGUAAUCCUGAUCGGAGUAAUCGGCAAGGGAAUGAGGAGAUGGAUGCGAACGAUUUGGAGCUAGAGUUUGGGUUAGGGUUAGAUUUUCCUGUUGAAGUUGAUGAUAAUCGUAAUGAUGGUGACGAUAAUUUAGGGUUUAUGCUUGGCGAUUGUGGCGAUGAUUUCAUCGUACCCAGGAGAACAACGGGAGAUCCGUCUAGUCGUUCAGGUGGUCCGGAACAUUUCAUGGUGCCUGAUUUGGGGUCGGAUUCCGAUGUCGUCGAGGGAAACGCGCUUGAUUUCGGGAUCAACGAAGCUAACCUUCGGCUAGAAGAUUUUCAGCUAGAAGAUGAUAACGAAAGAGGUGAAACCAAUCCAAAUGAAGAUUUCGAAUGGGAGGAAGUAGAUGGCCGGAUCGACGACCGGGAAGUACUGAAUAUGAUGUUCGAAUCAGAACCCGACGAUGACACAUCUGAUCUGCCAAGAACUCAUCCCGAUAGCCAUGAAUCAGAGGAAGAACAGCCGCAUCAGUGGGAAGUUUUGUUGAAUGUCCACAAUCCAGAUUUAGAACCAGGUACAUAUGAUGAUGAAUCGAAUUACACAGAGUACGAGAUGUUUAUAGACCCAUCUUCUUUUGGCCGGCCACCUGCUUCCAUGACGGUGGUGAAGAAUCUUUUAUCGGUGGUGAUAACCGAUGAAGAUUUUGAAAAGAAUAACAUCCGGUGUGCAGUUUGUAAAGAUGAAAUUGGUGUUGGGGUAAUGGCAAAGCAGCUCCCCUGUGGCCAUCGUUACCAUGGCGAUUGCAUUCUUCCAUGGUUGUGCAUCCGGAAUACUUGUCCUGUUUGUCGCCAUGAGUUGCUGACUGAUGAUCCCGAGUAUGAACGUAGGAAGGCUGAAAGGGGUGUCGGUGAUCAGUAAAGGAUGGAAUCAUGGAAAAAGGUUUUGUCUUUGAAUUGAAUUCUGGAUCAAAGAUGAUGGAGAUUUGUAGUGUAAAUAUAUAUAUGAUAUUUUUUGUACAUUAUAUACAUCAUGCAAGAUUUGAGCAA